UUUACAUUUUUUUUUUUUUCAAUAAGGACAUAACACAUAUGUAUACAUUGUAUAUUAUGAAUAAAAAAAAAUUCAUCUCAUAUUCUCAUCUCUUAUACUCCUUGAAUCUUUAGCUCCUUACUGUUAUUGUUCAUUUGUCUAAUAUUUUGUCCUGCCUAUCUUCCCUACUUCCCUCCCGCUAGCAAUCAAUUUAAAAAACAUCAUCAUCAUCAUCCCUUUUUCAAAAUAAAUAAAACUAUUUAGUUUCAUGCAUUUCAAUGAAAAUAAAUGAUGCAGAAAAGAAGGAAAGAAAACUUAAAAAGAAAAAUAAUAACCACCAUAGUGAUAUCAGAGAAAAUAUGCAAAAACAAAAAAAAAAAAAGAACAGAAAAAAUUAUUAUCCUUGAAAAAUGAACAUGAUAUUUACAUAUUAUAAUUUUUAGCUAUCAAAUAUUAUUUUAAAAUUUAAAUAAUAAAUAUUUACAAUAAGAGAACCUUCAAUUUUUGAAAAUAAGGAUUCAAUUUAAAAUAAGGAGAGAAAAAAAAAACAAAAAUAAAUGAUUAAAAACAAUUGAAAUAUCGAAGUUAAAAAUAUCAAAAGGAAAACGGAAAUUCAAAGCAAUCCAAAGGCCAUUACAAUAUUCUUAAAAAAUAAAAAAAAAUAAAAAAGUUUUUUAAAAUUAUUUUUCAAGGAGUCAUGUCAUGGGAGAGUAUCGCUUCAAGGGAUCUUCUUAGCAUACCGCAUAGCCAUAACUUAUCAGCAACACACCUUUUAGCUUCACCUGAUGGGUCAAGACAUCCUUUGGACAAUGCUACAGACAUUUGCCAAUUGGAUGACAGUUUUUCAAGAUUGGCUGGAUACGGGUCAAGUCCCGAUGGAACUUCAUUAUGGACACGUCAUGGUUUUUCUAGAUCACGUAAUUCAAUACUUGAUUGUUUUUUAGCAUGUCAAAGAAGUUUUAAGCAAUACUUAGCAAGAAGAAAAAUUGAACGAGGUUUGCGUUUAUAUGAACAACAUAAUCAAAAUGCAGCAGUUAGAACAUGGCGUAGCGCUUUAAAAGCAACAAACAAACGUGAAGAUCGUUUCACAUUAUUGGGUUAUUUAUAUCAAGCUCAUAUGGAUUGGGGUAAAUAUCGUGAAGCAAUUGAAUUUGGUCACAGGCAAUUAGGUAUAUCAGAAGAAUUAGAUUCACCAACAAUGCGUGCUGAAGCAUAUUUAAAUUUAGCAAGAGCACAUGAAAAAUUAGGUGGAUUAGAACGAGCACUAUCAUAUGCAAGACAUUCAUUAUAUAAUGAAUGUGGUACUCAAUGUCGUACGGGUGGUUUAGUACAUUUAACUGUUGCUAGAGUUUAUUUAGAAAUGGGUGGUUUUUCACGUGCAUUAGAAGGAUUACAGGGUGCACAUAAAAUUGCAACAUCAAUUGGUGAUCCAUCGUUAGAAUUACAAGUAUAUGUUGCAUUAUCGGAAUUGUUUGGUCGUUUACAAGAUAAUGACAAAGCGGCACGUUAUGCAUCAAAAGCAUAUGAUUUAUCAAGAUCAUUACAGUUAGGUGAUUUAAAUUCAUCACAUCAUCGUGCUGCAUUACUAAGAAUGGCAGCUGCAUUAAGAAAACAAGGAGAACUUGGUGAUGCACACGAUUAUUGUAUGGAAGCUACACGUUUAUCAUUAAUAUCCGGCGAUCAAGCAACAUAUACAAGAAGUAUACGUAUUAUGGGUGACAUUUAUAGGAAAAAAAUGGACAUUGAUGUGAGCUUAAAUAAUACACUUAAUUUAACUAAUACUUCUACUCAAAAAUUAAUUGAUCAAAAAAAUCAACAAAUAAAUAAUAAUAAUAACAAUGAUAAAAAUAUAAAUAAUAUUAUUAAAAAUGAUAAUGAUAAUGACAUUACAAAUUAUAGUAAUAACAAUAAUAAUAAUAAUAAUAACAACAAUAACAAUAAUAAUAAUAAUAAUAAUAUUAGAAAUAAUACUAAUAAUAUAACAACACCGCACAGUAAUACUAUAAGGAAUACAAAAUCUUCAUCGAAGAUUUUUCUAUAUUUCCAGCGUGCAUUUCGUCAAUAUGAACAAGCAAUGGGUACAGCUGCUGCAUUAGGUGAUCGUAUGGCACAAAUGGAGGCAAUGGAUGGUGCUGCACGCUGUUUGGAAUCAUUAAGAUUACAACAAAAAAUAUGUAAUUGUCGCCCAUUAGAAUUUAAUACUAGAUUACUUGAAGUUGCUAGUUCAAUUGGUGCAAAGCUUUUAGUACGUAAAAUACGUAGCCGUUUAUCAUUAAUAUAUCGUGCACUUGGAGAUGAAGAACAAUAUAAAACUCAUUCAAGAUUGGCAACACAAACAGAAGCAGCGCUUGGUUUAAAUUGUGGUGCUUGCGGUGAAGUUUUUGGUAAUGAGCCAGAUUCAUUAGAAGCAUUACCAUGUGCACAUAUUUUACAUUCUAGAUGUGCUCAUGAAAUAUUAAGAAGACGUGAUAAAACAGCAUCACGUGCAUGUCCAGCAUGUAAUAAGGUAUUAAGUUCCCGUUUACAUUUAUGUGGUGAUACAACAUCAGCUGGAGGAGGUACAAAUGUUAGCAAUUAUUUAAAUAACGAUAUCAGCUAUAAUGGUAUUAUUAAUGGUAAUAGUAAUAUAGCUGGUAAUAGUUCAAUUAUAAAUAACAAUGUUAAUAAUGGUUCAAUUCAACAUUUAAAUGAAUUAAAUGGAAUUUCAACAACAAUACCAACAAUAGAUAGUGCUGCACUUUUAUUAAAUUCAUCACCAAGACCACUUUAUCGUAGUAAUUUAUCAUUGGCAUCACUUAGUUUACGUGCAUCAAGUUUAACUAUUGAUUCAGAAUGUCAUGCAACAUCAUCUGUUUGAAAUUUAAGGAAUUUAAAUUUAAAUGAUAUUACAAAUUAUAUUAAUAAUAAUAACAAUACUAAUUAUCGUAAUCGACGGCACAUAACAAAAAAUUUAUCAGCAAAAUUUUGAAAAAAAAAAAACUCACAAAAUCUUUUUGCUGUGAAAAUACAUUAGCAUAUAAAAUUGAAAAUAAACAAAAAAAGCAAAUGUUGCAACCUUAAAAAUGCAGACACCUGAGACUUAAUUUAUUACAGUAAUAUUGCAUUAAAUACAUAGUUAAGUUCAUGUGCUGUAAUUGAUGAAUUAUGUAAGAAAUACAAUAUUAUUGUAAUUUUAGGGGAGCUUAUGUAAAUACAUAUUAAGACAAACUAAACUCGAGUCUGCUAUUAAGGUUUUUGUUUUUUAAAUUUUAAAUCAAUUAUCAAUCAUUAAAAUAAAAAAAAUUUAUUUUGUAUGUCCGCGAUCUGAUAAAAUUUAUUAUAAUAUGAUGAAUUAAUUAUAUAUUAUUCAUCACUAUGAAAAAUGAAAAUAGUUAAAAAUGAUAAAAAAAAAAAAUUUAAAAUAUAAGCAAUUUUUUCAAAUUAAAUUAAUUUUUUUUUCAUUCUAUACUUAUGUAUUAAAAAAAAAUUUCGAUAACUUUCGAAUAAAAGAAAAAUAAUUUGUAACAUUUACAAUUUUAAAAACUAAAAAUUACAAAGAAACAAAAAAAUAUAUUAUUUUAAUUCAGUUUUUAUUUUUUUUUUCUAAUUUUUAAUAAAUUCACUAAUUGUAGUUUUAGAAUUACGAGUAUGACUAAAAAACAAUAAAGGCUUAUACAGUCGCCCAUAACGAGGGUUCUCUUAUAAAAGGAAGACUCUCUUAAUACAUAUAUUUUUUUUUCGAAUUUUCAAUUCUGUUAGUGAACUUAAAUUCUUUAUUAUGUAAUUAUUUAUUAUAAAGCCUAGAAAUUAUAAAAAAACAUCGAAAUUGCUAUAUUAUUACUGUUAUUCAAUUUUAAGUUCAACUCAAAAUAAUAUAUAGUUAAAAUUAAAGACCACGAAAUGUUGAACCCAGCUUAUAAUAACCUCUAACUUAAAUUUUUCAUAUAUAGAAUUAUUUUUUUCUUAAACAUUUUAUUAAUUUUUAAUUGUAAUUUUAAUGAAUAUUUAAU